AUGAACGCUCCAAUGCAGCCCAAUUUUGCCCGGGGUUUUCCCCCGACCGCCCAACGGUCUCCAGCCACUCCCCGUCGUCCACCUGGUCCAGGCCAUAUGCCCGUCGCAAUGCCCCAGCACGCUGUGCCUGCUCAAUACAUGCCCGCUCAACGCGUCGUUCAGCAUGUCGCAGAGGUUCCUCGUCGCGCCCGCAAACCCACCGAUAAGAAUAUGCCCGAUGGCAUUGAAGAUGUGGUCAUCGGCGAGAGCGUCCAACAAUACAAGAACCUUCACGAGCUAGAGAAGCGUCUCGAUGCUGCUGUUGUGCGGAAACGCCUGGAUAUCCAGGACUCAAUCAGCAGAACCAGCAAAAAAUAUCGGACCAUGCGCAUUUGGAUCACCAACACCGUCGAGAACCAGCCUUGGCAGGGCCCUGGCAACAACCCAGGCUCUGGCCGAUACAAGGUACGAAUCGAAGGACGGCUCUUGGAUGACAACACCGACUCUGCUUCCGAGGACGAGGAUGAGGGCCCCGCGAAUAAGGACGAUGCGAUGGACGAGGACAAGGACGAGGCCGAUGAGAGCAAGGAAUCUGCUUCAAAGAAAUCCGCUCAGCGUUUCUCCCACUUUUUCAAGUCUGUCACGGUUGAUUUCGAUAAGCCCGCCAACGCCAUUCCAGAUGAGGUGAAGCCGGUCGCGUGGACCAAGCCACAGGUGCCGCCCAAUACGACAUCAGCGCCUCCGAACGCUGAGUUUGACAGCAUCCAAUUCACGCGUGCCUCUCAGGAGAACCUCAAUGUUACUGUCAGUCUGGUGCAAGAUGAGUCUCAAGAGCGAUUCAAGCUGAGCAAGGAAUUGGCUGAGGUGCUGGAUGUUGAGGAGGAGACCCGAAGUGGCAUCGUGCUUGGAAUUUGGGAUUACAUCCGUGCCAUGGAGUUGCAAGAAGAUGAAGAGAAGCGGACAGUGCGCUGCGAUCACCGCUUGCGCUCGAUCUUUGGCCGCGAGCAAAUGUUCUUCCCCCAGAUUCCCGAAAGCAUCGCACCACACACCAGCCCCAUUGACCCGAUCAAGCUCCCAUACACCAUCCGGGUUGACGAGGACUUCCACAAAGACCCUACACCAACCAUCUACGAUAUUCAGGUCGCCGUUGAAGAUCCUCUGCGCGCCAAGAUGAUGGCUCUGAUGCAAAACCCGCAGUACACAACCGGCAUGCGUCAAAUCUCCGCUUUGGACGACCAGGUCGCUCUCAUUGUUCAGGCUCUUACUCACUCCCGUGCUCGCCACUCCUUCUUUACUUCUCUGAGCAAUGACCCCGCAAACUUCGUCAACCGUUGGGUCAGCUCUCAGCGCCGUGAUCUGGAGACAAUCCUGGGUGAUGUCAACACCGGAGGCGAUGCGAGUGGAGCGGAGUUCCGCCGUGGUGGUGAUGCUAGUGUUUGGGAUUCGACUGUGGCAAGAGAAGCUGUUCGAUACAUGCUCGCUAAGCCCGAUGCAGCUGCGCGAUGA